AUGCUGAUUCUGCUCUUCGUGAUAGUUGCUUCAGCGAAAACUGAGAAAAAUGUAGGAGAGAGAGCGUUUAACGCUUGCAGAGCAUACGGGCAAAGCAUGCUGGAAUGUCACAACGUUUUAUACCCGUUCACAAAAGUGAGAGUGCCCAUAGACUUCCUUCUGUAUCCCCACAUGGUACUGAUAGGAUUUCGUAUAGAUGAUCAAGAUAAUCCGGCUUGGAAAUGUGGCGGAACUCUGAUAAGCGAGAUGUGGGUUUUGACAGCUGCCCAUUGCAAAGAGGACCCGAUCAAUGGACCCGCGAGCGUACUGAGAGUCGGCACAGCCACUUUCGAGUUCGACGAGGUAGAUGAGUUGGCGCAGGAGAGGAAUGUUGCCCAAAUCGUUGUCCAUCCAGGUUACAGGCUACCUUCUAAAUACAACGACAUCGCUUUGAUGAGAGCCGAACCCACAUUCAUUCUCAGUCGGGAUAUAAGGAUCGCGUGCUUGGAAACACAGGACCAAACGAAGUACACGAAUUUGACAGCCAUCGGUUUCGGUGUUACCGCGGCGGGUUCUUUGCGAGGGAGUCAGACUUUGAUGAAAGUUGAUGUGGACAUUAUAGAAAAUACGGUGUGUAAUAAUACGAUGAAGUCCAUGAUCAGAAGGAAAAUUUUAGCCCGGGGAAUCGUUGAUGACCAAUUGUGUGCUGGAGAUUUGGAGCACGGUGGCAGGGACACUUGCCAAGGAGACUCCGGAGGACCUUUGCAGUAUAUGACUGAGAGAGUCGACUGUGUGAAUACUUUCCCUUUACAUACAGUAGUAGGCGUCACCUCUUUCGGCAGAGAUUGCGGUAGGAGGAUGGCUCCAGGCGUGUAUACCCGAGUUUCGAAGUACAUUGACUGGAUCGAAAAUAUUGUUUGGCCGUAG